GUCUGAGUUGGUCUGCUCACUCACCCCAAAUGUCUUCUUCGAACGCGAGUCCAAUCUCACUCCUGGUGACUGGUCGUCCGACCGUGCUCAGAAUCUUCCCGUACGACGCUGCUGCAUUUCCAGGCCAUCUGGUGUCUCUGGCUGUGCCUGACGAUGCUGCCGAGUUUCUGCUGACGGAUGCUGCCACGGAGAACAGCGUGUUCGGACUGAUCAAUCUGCAGCAGGCGCAGACCGCGCGCGAGCGAAACGAGCCAAUUGUCGGAGUCGUCGCUGCCAUCCGAUCCGUGCUGUCCGCCAGAAGCCGCACAAGCCGAAUGACCGUCCAAGCAGCGACACUGGCGCGGUUUAUCUUGCUGCCAGAGGACGGCUGGGCUCCUGCAACGGUGCCGAAUCCAACUCAGAAUGACCAAAAUUUGGAACGAGCAACUCGAGAGCACAAUCGCGUCGAGCACACACCUGGAGUGCAUGCCAACCAACAAGCAACUGCUCAAGAUCGACAAGAAGCACACAAUGACGACGAUGACGAUGACGACGACGACGACGACGAGGCAGGGGAAGAAAGGCCGGCGACUGCCAACCACCCCGCGCGUCAACUCUUCCGUCGCUUGACCGAGAGCGGCAAGGGCUACUUGGUCGCACAUGCGCGAGCCUUCGAGGACAACCCGCUGGAAUUCAACAGCUACACUGAAGAAGAACAAGCACUUCGAGCCUUGGACAAGGCGCAGCUGUUUGCCUCCGACUUUUCACGACGCCACGCGAGCAACUCGAUGUGGCGAAACAUUAUUCGUCGUAUCGGCCAGCCUCCUCUCGGAGACAUGGCAGCGCUUUCGUUUUGGUUUUCCGCCGCACUUCCACCGCAAGCGCCAAUCGGACAGGUGAGCAGCCUGCUCGUCAGCCGCGAUCCGAUUUCCAGGCUGCAGCUAGCCUUGCAACUGUUCAAGGCCCACGCCCCCGUCUCGACGUUGGGCGCAUCGGCUUCACGUGAAAGUGCCACCCCAAGGAGCAGCAGCAGCAGCACCACCAGCAGCAACAGCACCAGACGGGCGCCACAUUCCACUCAAUCGGGCGCUUUAGGCGACGACGGCUCCAGCUCGGCGACGUCCCAGGUUCCGUCUCUCAUGAUGCUGGCUGUUCAUGCAGUUGUCAUCAACAUUUCGCGGUAUAUCAGCGAUCUGCAGUACCUCUCCGCCGACGUGACCAACGCACUGGUGGAUGCAUUGAUUGCUGACGGCUCGCUUUCGCAAGAAGUGCUGUUCGCCGUGCGCGACACGUACAUUCGCCACCUCAAUCUCACCGACGUUCCCCAGCUGACGGACGACUGGUUGUUGCAGUGCAUUCGAGGCGCAAAGCAACAUGUGGCAACCCCACCCAAAGUAUUGCGCUCGAUGCCACAACCUUCUUCCCCAUCCGCAGGCCAGCCUCAGCAGCCACCAUCUGGCGAGCAAACAAUUCCAUCACCCCCGCCGCUGGCACCUCUCGUUUUUCUGACAGCUCCGGAUGUGCGAUCUCCCGUAGCUGCGCCAGCACUAUCGUCGUCCAACAGCGCGUCUGAGCCUUCGUCUUCUGCAUCGUCGUUGUUGUCCUCUGCUUCCUCUUCCGCUCCUCCUUCUGCUGAAUGCUUUGAUCUCUUCCCAGGACUGGAGCAGCUGGAUUUGUCUCACAGCUAUGUGGUCACCAGCGAGGUCUUGGCCGGAUUUUUGCGCUGUCUGCCACACUUGCGCGAGUUGCACCUUGACAAGUGCAAGAAACUGGGCGAUUUCGCCUUGGUGCAGGCCCUGCCAGUGUUGAGGGAGCUUCGCGUGCUGACACUCAGUGGGUCUGCUGCUGUGGGUCGCCCCACCUUCGAGGCACUGCUCUUUAGCACGCCGGAGCUGAGGCAGUUGGACAUUUCAGGCACUCUUUGCACCGAUACUUGCAUUGAACUGCUGGUGAAUGGCAGUCCCGACCUCGGCCCUUCUGUUCUCACAAAGGUCACCAGUCUGAUGGGCUCCGCUCUCCGCAUUACCGAUGCAAGCACUGCGACGCUCGCGAAAUGGACACAGCUGCGCACUCUCUCACUCUCCUUCAACUCCCGCAUUAGCGACUGGUCGUUCCUGUCCUCUUUCACCCAGCUGGUUGACCUGGACUUGAGUCUCAACUUUACUGUGACGGAUGAAACGGUGCGCGUUAUCGGGGAUUCGAUGCCGCAACUCUCCUACUUGAGCUUGGUCAAGACCGACAUUUCCGACCAAAGCGUACUGUCCUUGGCAAAACUAACGCGACUUGUGGUACUCGACUUAUCUCGCACCAGCAUUACCGAUGCCAUAGUCCCCGCAUUCGAAAGCAUGCCACUGCUCGCUUCACUAUCUCUCGUUUAUACCGGCAUCACGGGACAUAUCGCAUCCGUGAUUGGAAACUGCCCGGCGCUUCGGGAGCUCGAUCUCAACGGCUGCGAGAAUUUCGGCGAUCCUGGCGCGAUCAUGCUGUCGACGAGCGCAUGUGCCCCUCUCUUGGAGUCCCUCAAUCUCGGCGGCUCGAUGCUGUCUGAUCGAUGCGUUGAUGCAUUGGCCCAGUUUACGAGCCUGCAUUCUUUACAGCUCUGGCACACGAAUAUUACCGAGCGCGGUGCUGCCGCUGUUGCUGUCGCAACUGGUCUCAAGCUCGACCAGCACAUGAGAACCACCAAGGGAACGUGGUUGCUUGUUCCGUCUGAGAAUCGUGCAUAACGCCAACUGGAGAUAGAGUUGGAUGGUAUUCGAAUCCGAUUUGUUUGCUUUCACUUCCGUGUUUGCGUUUCUGCCACUCUUUUGUACAUUUCACCGCUACUCUUGCUUACGCUACAAACAAAAUGACAACCGUCACGGAAUUCGCA